UUGCUGAGCCGGCCAGCAGCAGCAGUCAGAAGUCAGCCUCUCUCUCUCCGGUGGUACUCUCUGCAUUCCUGCUAGCAGCCAGCACAACCAGUCCACUAGUGCUCGUAUGUUGCCGUGCCGUCGUCUGUUACUCUCUGGCCUCUCUAGCUCAGUUUAGUCGUCGUCGGUGGUCGGUGUGAUGGAAGUGGACAAAAUGGACGAGAACGAGUGGAAGUAUCACGGAGAAGGAAACAAGAGCCUGGUGGUCUCUCACGUUCAGCUUUCCAGAGUUCUACGCCUGCCCAAGUAUCCAGCCGAGGACUCGGAAAACCCACCACAGACGGUGGAGCAGGCCUUCAGGCAGAUCCAGAACAUUGUUGACUUCAGCUCCAACGUGAUGAGCAGCCUGCUGGGAGAGAAGUUCAUCCACAGCGGGGAAGUGGUCAAACUGCCGUUAGAGUUUGUGCGACAGCUGUCAAUCAAAGUUCAACAUCAAAGACCAGCCUGGCGCUGUGAUAAGGUGAUGGACAUCUACAGCGGCUGUGCUCUCUGUCUGCCCAACCUGACAUCUCCAGCCCUCCACCAGCCAACACACACUCCUCCACUCUGCAUUGAGAUCAAGCCUAAAUGUGGGUUCUUGCCGUCCUCCAAACAUGUCAGCAAAGAUAUCAAGACCAAAGUGUGCCGCUUCUGCAUGCACCAACACUACAAGGUGGCCAAUGGGAAGUGGAAGAGACCCAGUCUGUACUGUCCUCUAGACUUGUUCUCGGGGAACAGACAGAGAAUGCACUUUGCCAUCAGACACCUGAUAGAAGAACCUCAGAACAACUUCAAAAUCUUCAAGGGUGGUCAGUGUAUCUACAGCAGUAAGGAGGGCAGUGACGACUCAAUGGACCUGAGCUCUCUGAUGCAUCAUCUCAGACCGUACUUCCUGUAUGGAAACAACCGCAUCAACUGUCACAUGACCAGCAAAGCUGUCCUGAACGACUUCAUCCAGGUCCUGGUGAACGCCCUGCUGGGUGGUGGAGGAGGAGAUGGAGGGUCGCUGACGGACACACGAGGAGAAGGACGGAGCUUCUGUGAAGCGAGUCUGUUCAACAAGGAGAGGAUUCGCCACGGCUCUCAGGGUUUACCCAGCGACAGUGUUUUGUUCAGGAUUCUUCAGACUCAGAUGUUGGACUCGCUGGACAUUGAAGGACUUCACCCUCUGUACCGCCGAGUGGAGCAACACCUGCAGGACUUCCCCAAGGAGAGAACUCGUCUUCAGAUGGACGGGCCGUACAACGAGGCCUUCCUGGAGAAGCUGCAGAAAUGUCCGACUGAGGACGACGGCUCCGUGGAGUACGCCGUCGCCAAGGUCCAUCAGUACCGCGUCGCCAUGACAGCCAAGGACUGCUCCAUCAUGGUCGCCCUGGUGCCCAGCAGUGAAGAAGAGGAUGAUGAAGGGCUCUCCAGUCAGAGGCGGCUCAGGGACUUCCUCUCCUCCAGACCUCCUGCUUUCUCGUACAAGGUCUCCAUCUUGGAUCUGGACCCGAAGCCGUUCGACAGCAUCCCCUGCCAGCUGCGCCUGGACCAGAGGAUCGUCUCCUGCUACCUGAGGACUGGCGGUGCCUUACCAAAGGGCUCUCUGCCGCAUCACUCCGGCAUCUUCACAGCUGCAGAGAGAGAGGACUGCACGCUGCACUUCCACCCCGUGUGACCUCCCCCAAUAAGAGCCGGACGACCCUUAAGACGAAGACUACGGACGCCACGCUGAUGCUUCAAACGGAGACGCCAUGUUGAUGCAGAGGUCUAGAAUCACUACAGACCAGAGCUGUUAAUCCGAGGCUUUACUGAAGUACUUUCUCUUCAUCAGCUCAUGUUAACGGUUAACAGCUCAGCAAAUUCAAAAUCUCCAGGAAGUCACCACUAACUCACCAGACCUUUCAGUGACUUCCAGAUAUUUCUGUUACUGAUUCUAGAGAUUUUCUUCGACUUCUCGCUCCCGUCAGGAGAUGAAUCCCAACAUCACUGCUCUGUUCAUAUUUAUUAGAAAACUUACAGGGAGCUUUGUUCUUUUCCUUUUUGUGACAAGAGUUUGGAUUGACCUCCUGACGGGACUUUUAUCAUGGCAACAACAUGAAUGUUCUCGUUCUCCAUAGCAACGCUGCUGACAGCGAAGCUCUGAGAAGAAGAAAGAGGAUAAUGCAGGUGGAGAGAAAAGCAGAUCGUACGUAUGAUGUCAUUUCCUGAAUGUAGGCGGGGCCUCUGGUAGAGUGAGGCGGAGCCAAUAUGUAUGUCCAGGUUGAACUGUAGCAUCACUAUGGUAACAGAAGCACUGGUUACCAUAGCUACAGCCACAGAGGAGGGGCUGAUGUGAUCACCUGAGGGUCUGUGUGAGUCUCAGAAACUGGAUGGAGAUGAUUCAGUUCUCUGCUGGACUCUACGGAGGUUUUCAGUCCAACUCGUCAUCACACUGAUCAACUCAUACCUAUUUCAUUAAUGAGUUGACAUGCGGCAGUGUUUGGAUGUAUCGAAAACCUCCAUGAACCGCAACUGUGAGAUCCAAAAUGAAAGCGAGCGAUGCUUCACCUCCGGGUGUCUUGUUUGUUUUGACCCUUGUUCAGUUGUUGGCGGCAAGUUAACACGUUCUCUCGUCAGGCUUUUGUGCCGAGAUGUUGAAGGUCAAUUGUUUGUGACUUUAUUUUUCUUUAUCAGGGAGGAGAGUUGAGGGUUGUUAAAGGGUCACUUCACCCAAAUAAUAAUAAUAAUAAAAAGAAGCUUUUCCUCUUCCCCCAAGUCAAAUCUAUCCAGUUUAGGUUUUAUUUGUCCAGGUUUUGAGAUUUCUGUGAGAUUUCUGUUCAAGUUUUUUUAUUCUCACAGCACUGAAAAAUGACAUUUUAUGAUUGAUUAAUUCUAAUUAAACUAUUAAUUCGGAAGAAAAUAGUUCCAAUAAAAAACUAAAACACUGUUUCUGAAAAUAAUAAUUAAUUUGUGCCAACAUAAACUAAAGUCAAGGCAGAAAUCUCAGACACACAUCUCAAAACAUGGACAAAUAAAAAACAAACAGAUUUCACUAGAGGGAAGAGAGAAAUCUCACUCAGUGGCCGCUUCAUUAGGUACACCUGUACAAUAUAAUGCAAUCCAGUACAACAGCCCUGUUGUAAAUUCUACCUUUAUGAAGCUUUAAUUGGUCAUUUUCUGGUGUCAGAGAGGUUAUAUUAUACUGACAGGUGUUUCUAAUGUUUCGUCCGCCCCACUUGCAUACAUGAGGGGAUCAGAACUAAAUAUAAUACAGUCCAGUACACCAACACCACCUAUCAACACCUGACUAUUAUGAGACUUGUAAGGGUGGCAUUAGUGACAGAGCUGUUGUAUUAGCUCAUGCAGUUGUAGUCUUAGUACUGAGUGUAUAUAUUCUAGUAAUUUGGGUAAAGUGACCCUUUAAGGUCCAGCUGGGACCGCUGACUAAGCAGCUCUCGUUGGGUUCUUCAAGCAAAGACGCUUGUGUCCAGCUGCCUUUGUUCGUUCUGACAUAAAACCUCCUUUUGUGUUAGAAAGAAAGCACAUUAUUUUAACUCUUAUUGUUGUCACAGCCUGUUUUGUUGGAAGAAAAGCAGCAUUUUAGUAAUUGUCUAACACUCCUGUGUUUACUAACCUGGUGAUGGGUGGCUUUGUAAAGGUACGGUUACAUUACACUUUGGUGCUGCCACGAGUUUGGUCGUGUCUAGAAGGUAACCCACAAUUUGGGAAACACUUGGCGAGGUGGUUGCGGUUAGGCGUUGACCUCGAACAGUUAAGGUCGAGUCCUGUGAGAGUUUUCGCAAUUUGCGGGUUACCUUUUUAGACACGACCCACGUGUUUGCUGUUUUGGUGCGAGCUCACAGGUCAGAGUUCACCUUUGACCUGGGAUUUCACACAGUGGGCCGAUAAGAACCACUGAUGCAAUGUGUCAUCACACGACCAGACUUCACUGAACAGAAGACUAAUGUGACCGUACAUUCGCAGAGCAGGAAGCAGAGGAUUUUAAAGCGAAGAGGUCAGCGUGUCCGGUCUACUGUAGAUCAAUCUGACCCAGCAGAGCAAAGGCUGCUGGAUAACAGACAGCAGUCCUCUUCAGACAGGCCGAGCUUCAUGCUGUUGCUCCGCUGGGUUUUUGUGCCAUAAGUGGCUUGUUGUGUUUUUGUCCAUGUGCCUAAAUGUUCUGGUAGGACUGGAGGAUGGCGGGUGGUGGUGUGUGUGUUGAGAAAACUCUCUUUGUUACAGGCUGCGUUCACAGCUGAGAUCUGAGACACAUCGUCUCUGUUCAGACUGACAUCAGUUCAGUUUAUGAGCUGCUUUGGACGCAGCCGUGAACUCUCAGUACCUCAAACUCCUGACGACCCGAACCGAAGCUCAACGGGGUCGUCUGAUGUUUUCAAAGCGAUGCGUUCAGGAGCGCUGGCAGGUUUCUGAGGACGGGAUGGUGAUGUCACCAGGAGUUGAGACUAAUACGCCGACUUCAGCUCAGCAGAUGAGUGUUGACUUUAACUCGAGUCCAGAUGUUGCUUGUGUUCGGAUUAUCUUGGGUCUUUUUGUCCAAACCUGUGAUUUCCUCUCCUGGUGAUCUCAUCGUCCUCUCAAACCAGCAACGCUCACGGAGGCUUCAGAUAAACUGGUAACACUUGACUUCAGUUCCUGUUUACAGUGUCCGCUCUCCAACCUCCACAACCUCCACCAGCCAAUCAAACGUCUGAAAGGAAUCACACUACAAGACUGAAACUUCAGACGACACAAAAUCCUUCACACUCCACUCUGAUCUCCCAUCGUCGGGUAGCCGAUGAACGUCUGCUGCCUUGCUCAUCAGCAGCAAGUCAGUGUGACGUGAGCCAAUCACAUGUCCACCCAGUCAUCAGCAGGGUGACGUGGUCCGUAGUUCUGUUAAAUCCAAACACUAAAAAGGUUUAAAGCAAGACAGACUUCAGUCCUAACACUUGUUACUCUGGACGGUUUGACCUUUAACCAAUCACGUCACCCGCUUUCUGGCUGACGCCUUCGUUGCCUGGGAGACGGAGGAGUUAAAAGGAUGGAGAGUGGACAGCAGUGAACUGAACCAACCACUGAUCGUUCUAACUGUUGAACUGAAGACGCAACAGGCAGCAUGAUGGGAAAGCAGAGGCUCAUGGGAGUUAAGAGGGAGGAGGGUGGGAAAAUAUCUGCGUUGUCUCAGAGCGAGACACUCGAAGAUUUGAUGUCACUAUGACUUUGAUUCUAUUAAUUUUGAAACUUCUGAAGAGUAUAACAGAUAUAUAAACUUUACGCCAAAGCAUCCGAUCGCUGCAACUACGUUUGAACGGAUUAUUUUCAUAGUUUCACAAGAAAAAAGUAGCCUCAGUUUGUGUCUCAUCACAUUCUAGGAUUUAGGACGGCUGUAUGACUGCAGCAUUAGUUUAAAAUACGAUGCAUUAACAAUAUAAUACUAUCACCAUUAAAUUAGCGUUCAGUUACCUUAAACAAAUUAUUUAUUUGGAUAUGUCUGAGCUUUGAGAAAAAUCUUAUUUUCUAAGUUUGUAAACUGUAAUCACAAUAACCCAUCCAUAAACUCUGUCAUUUUGAGCAGAUUGUUGUAUCCAGCACCUGCAAAGAAUAACCUACACACAAAUAGCUUGUUUCCAAUUGUACUUUUAUUCUACAUGGACAUGACAAUGUUUAAACCACAAACGUUCCUCCUUAGAUUGAAAUUCUGUCAUGCCAGUGUAGAACAAAAAGAAGAAAUGGGAGUGAGAUCGCACUGUGCAGGCAUGUCUUCGUCUUUCUAUCGUGGUAACUUAACUAUCACUUAACAACACAGCAGUUCUGAAAUUUUUUUCCAGAAUAAUCAAAGCCUUUUCUGUCGAUCUGGAUAAAAAAAUAUUCUGUUUCUUGCAUGACGAAAAAAGGAUUUUUGUUAUUGUUCUCCAAAGUUGCAAUUUUAUCUCCUAAUCUAGACAAAGACACAAGAGAAACCAUCCACUUACUUUGCUUGUUGUGGAGCUGGGGAGAACUGUAUUACGCAUUCUUCAUCAGUAGAUUGAGUUUGUUAGUUGUCACAUUUUAAAGUCAACAUGGAUGAGAAGUCCUCGAGGAGUAAAUUCAGGCCUGUGUGAUUAUGGUCAAAAGCUCCAGCAAGAAUCUUUAUUGUGCAGAAGACACAAUAUUUGAUCAUCCAGAUAAACAAAGAACCUUCAAGGAUUCCUGAAAUCUCUUCAAAGUUAUUUAAGUGUUAAAAUGUGUUGUUGGGUUCAGAUUCUCAGAUUUAAUUUAAUUUAAUAAUACUAACGGACACAAACUGGGGCUAAAAACCAUAGAGCUGAUAAACAAACUUAGUCCUCACUGUGAGAUGAAGCUCCAACAGGUGAGCUGCAGUCUGAUUGGUCGUUGGUUGCCUCUGCCUCCGCCUGCUGCCUGAGCGUCGGCCUGCAGAAACAUCACAUCACUGUGAUACCUACAGACUUCUAAUAACUGCGUGUGUGUAAAUAGCUGAGAGAAGAAAACUAUUUGAAAAUACAAAGGCGACACUGCUGUCUGGCAUUUUGUAUUUAAAUUAUUUAUUUUUGUAGAUUUUGACCAAUGAGCUCUGCUGUUACAACCGUCACAGUCGUGCUCUUUCUAUUGAAUAAAGAUUUCUAAGAGACUAAA